GAUGGCCCUGGCUGCAUGGCUGUUAAAGGAAAGUGGCAGCCAUACACAAGGAUAAACAACCAUCGCAGCAGAGAUGCUUUGAACUGCUCUGCUCCUUUGGGAAAGAGAUUUAAGAUAAAGCAGAGUCCAGAGAGCAUUGGUGAUGGUGCACCGAGAGACACUCAUCACCCCCAUGGUUUUGGACCCUUCCAUCGCUCUCUGCCCCGCUCACGCUGGGGCAGGCACUCCUGCUUUCCCUGCGGACACGGACCAGCAGCAUCACCCACCCGUGAUGGCGAACCUUUGGGGAAGAGCAGCGUCCCCGUUGCUCCUGGUAGCAAGGACCGUGCUCCCUGCGGCCGGGGGACCGGGCUGGGGGCGGGGGGGGUGAGGGUUGGUGUCCCCUCACCCCCACCGCACAUCUGCCCCGACCCCGCCACAUCUGUCCGCCGUGCCCCGCCCCGCCGCGGGGCCGCAUCUGCCGGCACAUCUGGGCGGGCGCGGCCCCUCCCCGCGGGCACAUCUGGCGGCGGCGGGGGGCGGCCCUCGGCCGGGGCGGGAGGAGCGGCGGGUCGGCGCAGCCCCGCCGCCGGCCGGGGCGGGCAGAGCCGGCGCAGCGCGCAGGGGAGCGGCGGCCCGAUGGGGCGGCCGGCCGGCAGCCUGACCCCGCUCCGGCUGCUGCUGAUCCUGGCGCUGGGGCACGCCUGGACCUACCGGGAGGAGCCACAGGACGGCGACAGGGAGGUUUGCUCCGAGAACAAAAUCGCCACCACCCGGUACCCCUGCCUGAAGCCCACGGGGGAGCUCACCACCUGCUUCAGGAAAAAAUGCUGUAAGGGUUAUAAGUUUGUUCUUGGACAGUGCAUCCCUGAAGACUAUGAUGUCUGUGCCGAAGCUCCUUGUGAACAGCAGUGCACAGAUAACUUUGGGCGAGUCUUAUGCACUUGCUACCCUGGGUACCGCUAUGAUCGGGAGAGGCACAGGAACAGAGAGAAGCCCUAUUGCCUGGAUAUCGACGAGUGUGCCACAAGCAAUGGGACUCUGUGCCCUCAGAUCUGUGUCAACACCAUGGGCAGCUACAGGUGCGAGUGUCACGAAGGCUAUAUCCGGGAGGAGGACGGCAAGACAUGCACCAAAGGGGAUAAAGCUGGGCUUCCUGAGAAAUCUGAAAAUGUGGUGAAAUCAGGGACAUGCUGUGCCUCUUGUAAGGAAUUUCAUCAAAUAAAGCAGACGGUUUUACAACUGAAGCAAAAGGUUGCUUUGCUACCAAAUAAUGCUGCUGAUCUUAGCAAGCAAAUCACUGGUGAAAAAGUGCUUGCAUCUAAUGCAUAUAUCCCCGGCCCCCCAGGCCAGCCUGGCCAACAAGGCCCUCCAGGGGCUCCAGGACCAAAAGGGAGUCAAGGAGUUCCUGGGUCACCUGGACCUCCCGGACAGCCAGGCCCUCGUGGAUCAAUGGGACCUAUGGGCCCAUCUCCAGACAUAUCACAUAUUAAGCAGGGCAGACGGGGCCCUGUGGGCCCACCAGGAGCCCCAGGGAGAGACGGUAGCAAGGGGGAGCGAGGCGCACCAGGACCAAAGGGGAUACCUGGCCCACCAGGUUCAUUCGAUUUCCUGUUGCUGAUGAUGGCAGACAUCAGAAAUGACAUCGCUGAGCUGCAAGAGAGAGUGUUUGGACACAGGACUCAUUCAUCAACAGAGGAGUUCCCAUUACCUCAGGAAUUUACAAACUAUCAUGACACAGUAGAUUUUGGAUCUGGAGAAGACUACAAACCACGGGCAGCACCCAGAGACUCCAGGAUACAGAAGGCAGCCCAUCCUUAGUUGGGCCUACUGAAACAUAGAGCCCCUUUAGAGUUGUUCAAUAUAAAAAUGCACUGACAAUGUAAAAUAUAUAUAUAUAAUAUUUCCCAGUUUUCUCUCUGCUUUUCCCCAGCCAUGCUGCCUGUACUGUAGCUGUCCUGGUUCAUGGUAGCUUCCUUCCAGUAAUUCCAUGCUGUCAAGACUGCACUGUGCAUUGUACCCAGACUAUCAAGAAAACCUUCAUAGUAUAUAAUAUGAUUAAGGCAUGCUAUAGCUAAUGGCGCACACCAUAGCAUUUCAUCUGCCCACCUAGCAUUCUAUGUCCAAAUGAUCCAGUACCUUGAUUUUGCCAGGGGUAGCUGAACGUCAUCCCUGAGUGACAUCAAUAAUGAAAACCUUGGGCAACAGUUACUUUAUACAUGUAAAUAUAUUAUACUGCUGAACUCAGGUCUUCAGCUACUGUCCCCAGGCUUAGGAGAGUGUGAAAAUUGGAUCCCUGUUUCACAGCAGAGGCCAGCUGUAAGUGAAAUAUCUUCUUCUAUUAUGCUGCACUAUGGCAGAAAAAGGCCAAAAAAAAAAAUGGUGAAACAGUGAUACAAGAGUGCUGCUUGUUGAUCUGGAAAUUAUUUGGCUUCGUGUUGCUAGAGUAUUGUUCAAAGAGAGUCAAAAAGAUCUGUUUGUCCUAAACUAACACUACUUUUCCUUUACCGUUCUCCCACUGCUCAGUGUGAAGGCCAGUUCCCUUCCUCAACUUAUUUCAUGCUGGAUACAUUACACAAAGAUGAGCAAGAGAAAAGGGGAUAUAUAAAGCAGGAAAACCAGGCAUAAGCAAAUCAGGUAGGCUUAUUGGCAAGCACAAAAGCAAUCCCAGACUUGCAGAAAGAAUUGCAUUCUGACCUCCUGUAGAUGCACGUCUUCCUCGGUGAAAUGCUGAAGUCCAAGUGAAAUCAAGAUCAGAGAGAGGCCUCACGUUUGCAAAGAGCUUCCAUCUGUUUUGUUCCUCUGCUGCGUGAGAGAGACCUAAAUGGCAUUCAUGGAACUGGAGCAGAGAGUUGCAGCGUAUUUGGCUGGGUAUAUCAGGAGUAUGAGUAGGUGCAGGUGUGCACAUGACAAAACUUUUCAACUGGUACGAUGAUGGCUAAGGUGAGGUGGGGAUCCUGUAUUUGUGAAGAGGGAUGAAAGAGAGCUCCUUUUUUUUUACACUGGAAAAUUGGAUGCACAGGUUAGACCAAACCUCAUGGGUGAUGUAUGUCACCAUUUCUUUUGGAUUACGACAGCUGCUGAGGACUUUGCCGUGCUUGGAAGAUAAAGGAGUAUAUUGAGCACAAAGCUUCAAUGUUGUAUCUGUGUAGCUGCUAAUUCUACAGUGUGUUUAGUGCUGGGUCAUGUCCAUGUUACAAAUGCAAAUUAAAACUACUUAUUUUGCCAUGUUUUUCAGGGCCUGCAUGUUCUAAUAGAAUAAAUACAGGUAAAAAUAUAAGCAAGCCCUUUACAGACAACCCAUAAAGGUUUGAAUUCCCUUCCAUAUUCUCUGGGCCAAAAUAUAUUUGGUGUAAUCCCUACACCACUGGUACAGGUCUUGUGUAAACAGUUGGCUGCCUAGACCUUUCAUAUCUUUUGGAUAUUAUCUUAACAGGAAGUGUUCGUUACUGAAAUUAUUUCCCAACUCCUCGCUAUCACUAUGCCACAAGCAAGGGCAUUAGCUUUAAGAACACUAACACUCUGUAUUCCUCUUCACAUUAUAUGUAUAUCAAUAUUUACAAGGUAAUGACUAAGUCAGUGCGAUAGCUUAGAAAAAAUGAUAGUGCUUUCACCCUCUGGUCUUUGGGCUUCCCUCUGGGACAAGCUCUCCCAGCAGCUCCAGAUCCAAGUAGUCUUGUGAACCAGGUACUAGGGAAAUCAGUGAGAUCUGGGAAGGAACUUGUGGCCAAAAGAGGUAUGGUCUUACGCGCAGCAGGCUGAAAGAAACAUCUUGAGACAGUAUUAAGUGAGGCAUUUAUGUCUUAUUUUCUUAAUUUCAAACAGGCAACUAGGUAUAAAUACCAUUGUUCAUGAAUAUGCAACUUUUAAGUAAAUUUGUUGAAUGGCAGAUGUUACAUUUGUAACUCUUGCAAAUUAUGUAACUCUUGCAUAUGUUUAACACCGCACUCCAUCACCUGCUAGAUCAGGUCGGUUCCCAUUACGGAAUUAGUAGCUGCAGGUUUAUUGACCAUCGGAUACUGAACAACGAGUUAGAUGAGUCACUUCCUACCUACUGCCUAAAUUUUCUUACUCCCUGCCCACAAGAAGAUGUGUUCUUAAAAAGGCACUUAUGUUAUUUCUAAACCCUGCUCUUAUAAAUAUAGACAAAUACCAAAAAAGAAGUUCCUACAGUUUGCCCAUCAAAAUCAGGGGUGGAUGACAAUUGCCCUGCUGUGCGUAACUAUCCAGGGAAGGGAAAUUCUGAGAUUGCACCAGAAAAGCAGAUAAAAUACAUGGCUCACUCUAAGUAGAGAAAUCUGUCCUACAGACUCAUGAACAUAAAAUAUGGCACAUGUUCACAUGGCUUUCUGAAUAGAAACCUCAACCAUUUCGCUUUCUGGAGCCUGCAUUGUUGCCUGUCAUGGCCGAGAGCUGGGUUUUCCAACAGACAUGCUUACUCCAUAAAAAAAAGGUGAAGGAAAGCGCACCUUGGGUUUGUCCUUAUGCUUCACCUUCCUCUUUCCAGAAUCCCUGCCCCAAAGAGGUUGUCUGAGUCCCAGCAGCAAGGAGGGGACCUGAUGGCAAAGACAAGUCCACUCCAGAAGGCACAGGAAUUCCUCCAAGCAGGGAAAGCCCCUCUGAGCACAGCUGGCUGGAGAGAUUCAGCCUUCUGUCUGCAUCCUGCUCAGACCUUUGCAUAGACCUUUCUAAUUUUUUUUCUGAUCGUAUGGAAACUUUCACAACACAUGUAUCAGAAACAUUUCAUUAAGAUUUCUGCAUAAACACAGACACUCAGACAGAAAAGUGACAUUUUCUUCAGCAUACCCAAAGUUUUAUAAAGCCAAACCAGAGGAAUAAUCUCCAAUUUUAAGCUUGGUUACCGGGGAGCUAGGGAAGUCAUUACCUUGUAAAUUAUUUAUUAUUCUGUGGCCCCAAAAAUAACAACCCCCUCAAGAAUCCAAAAUGAGAAUGUAGAAACGUCUACACUCAUGCCUAGCCUCAUUACUAGGCUCAUGCACAUGACAACUUUGUUUCAUAUAAAUACUAUGUAUAAUUUUAUUAGAAAUAAAUAUUAUUUUUAUGUUAAGAGAUCAAGUUAUAAGCAGAAGGAUAAUAAAGAGUUUGUUAUUUUAUUAAUAUUAGAAAUAUAUUUAAUGGAAACAUUUGCAAGAGUGUGUAGUGAUGGCAAAAUGCUGAUUGUUAAUGGGUUUAACAAAAUAGUAAACCUUGGAAAAUGUUUUCUUUCAACACUGUGCCAGGUACAGACAGGAUUAGCCUUCCCUGCAAAGCUGGAAUACUGACACAGAAGGAUUCCUAUGUAGUCAGGCCAGACCAGGAAAAGGAAAGGAAAAUCAGUUGUAAAUGGAAUUAAGGUAAUCCCUGGACUUAGUGCUGAUAUCACAGUUUGAGUAACCUUCCUGGAGUAUUUUGGAGUUACACGCUAAACCCCGGAGAAGCAACAAAAGAUGGGGGUGGGGUCCAAGAAUUUGUUAAUUUCACAUUAAAAUCUGUACGUUUGUUCCUAUUACACGUUCCAAUAACUAUACUGUUCACUUUAUUUAUGUAAGUAUAUGAAAUACUAAAAUGUGUAUGAAAUGACUGUGAUUUUAUGAUGUAUGCUAAUAACAAAGAUAUUUUUUCUUA